GGAAAGUGUUUUCCACCGGGCAGACAAUAACUGGAGAGGGGGGAGGUGAUAAAUCUAGGUUAAAAGUGAUACUCGGUGAAAACACAGCGUGGAAAAAAGUGGGUAAAAUCAAUAGCUGAGCAAGCGUCCGAUGGAUCCGUUCCUGGCCCAGGUUGGCCUUCUGGAGCAGAUUCAUAACCUAUCCGUCAACGACUGGCAGUAUCCGUACCUCUAUCCGAGCCCGUACUAUCCGUGGUCGGUGCUGGACGGCUACAGUCGCCACUACUGCAGCGGGCAUCGGUGCUGCUGUUGGUACUGCCGAUGGUAGAUGGGCACCUCGAACAACCCGCAGGAUCAUCCCCUGCUAUGGACGCAGCAGCUGAAGCGCUCCCAGGAACGUCGAAUUGCGGAGGCCGCCCAGCGUGACUGGCAGCACCGGAAGCAGAUCGAGCGGUCGGCACGUGCCAAAGAGCAAGCCCACUUUCCUCUCUUCCAGUACCGAGAAGUAAUGGAGCGCUACUCGCCGUGGGGCCGGAAGGGGGGCGGUGCCCCCAACGACUCGAUCCGGAUGCGGAACAUCCAGCUGCAGGGACUGUAUCCGGAGUCGAAAAAUCAAAAUCCCGUUUCGCACGCUCCCCGUGGCCGCCACGUGCGCCAUCAACUUCCGCCAUCCCCUCCGAAACCCCGCCAGGACCUGCGGAAUCCGGUCACGAUGAGUCGGCCGGCGAAGGGGGUGAGCGCGGGCGGAGGAGGAGCGCCACUGCGGAGUGCCUCGGGGCAGAUUGUGACGGGAUUCACGGACGACCCGAUCAUCAGCUUUAACGACGCCAACCGGUACCACGUGGACAACGAGUUGCGCUACAAGACGACCCCGGCCCAGAAGCAAACGUACAAGGCGGAACUGGACCGGAUCGUGGCCGAGAAGGAGAACCGGAACCGGAAGGCGAGGAGCUGUGAGGGGGAGGGAAAGGCGAAUGGUGGACCUUGGGGGAAACCUGGCCCGGGAGGUAAACCUUGGAGACCUCCGAAGAACGUUGGCCACAACUUUAUGAAAUCAAUGGGCUGGACCAACAAGGAAACCCUCCAGGACCUGGACAUCGACAUCGUAACGAAAAUGCAGCGCCAGCUCGAGGAAGAGAACAAGUACCUGAAAAAGUUCUCAAACUGCUGCUCGCGGUGCGUGUGCCAGUGCGUAAGCAAUAGUCUGGACCCCCCAACCGGUCCCGGCAGCGCCCAAAUGCCCCGCUCGAUUGUGAGCCCUCCGAAGGCGGCCUUCCUCACACCGCCAGCAACGGCUCCCAGCGGUGGCGGCGGAGGCGGAGGAGGAGGAGGGGGAGGUUACGAGCCGAAUCCUUCGACGGACAAAAUCACGGACCGGCGGGUUCCCCGUCUGUGCCAGCAAAGUCAGCAGACGACUCCGGGGCGGGCCCCGGUUGUCCGAAAGGGUGGAGCUCGUGCCGCUCCUCCGACCCGGAACUGCAUGAUAACGGGCGGGGUGGAACUGGUUCCGUUGCUGGCCAAACGGCGCUCCCAGCCGCGUCCGAUUAGCCUGGGGACCACCGACGUUACCAAGAUCGAUAAGUACAGCUCCAAUGGUAAAUUUUACGCCACCCACCCGAACGAGGAUCCCGCUUACCUGCACGAGCUUUGCAGCCAGAUGGACCAGAAGCAGCACCGGACGGAGAACUCGCGGGCGGCCGAGUUCGAAACGAGCCGGCAGCACUUUGAAACGUGGUCCACCUUCUGGGGCCGGCCCGGCCACGGGGCACCGCUUCCCAACAAGAACAAGCUUAACUUGGACAAUCUGCUUUACGCAGCACCACGGUAAAGCAGCAUUUGUGCCAUUUUGGUGCUUAGAAGGCCGAUUAGAAUGGGGCUUGCUUUCGACAGAAAACACAAUUUGCAGCAGAAAUUCAACAACGUUCAAGUUACCAAACAAAGUUUGUACAAACUUUUAACGCAAUUUUGUCCACUUGUCCAUGGCAAGUGGGAGCAAAGUUCACCCAAAGAGCACGCCAAGCAAAUGAUAUUCCAGUUAAGUUUCGAUUUAAAGGAAAAAUAUUUAAAAGUUACUCGAAAUGUAAUGUCAUUGUUGUAUCUAGUAGAUAGUUUAACAUAAUUUGUUAAUCGAAAUCAUCAAAUCAAAAUUGUAACCGUACUCUUACAUAUUGUCACAAACGUUUGAACAUUGUCGAAAUAUUGUCUAUAACAUUGUUGAAAAAAGAAUAAAAUGUAUCGUACACAUUUAAGUAUAUCUGUAACCACACGAGAAUUAAAUAGUAACAGUUAGUAGUUUGUUAAGAAAUAAAAUUGACAAGUUGUUUCGCAAGCGAGCAACAGUACUUAAAUAACGCUUCCUUAGAAAUAGGAGUUUACUCGAUUGACAUGAACAUGAACAUAUUAGGUUAUAAAUUAAACAUAUUAUCAUGCUUAUACGAAACUAAAGCUUAUCGUCAUAAAAAUAAAUCUAAAACGGGAACACAUAG